AUGGAGACACCUAAGAAAACAGGCUUUUGGACGCAGCACGUAGAUGCAAGUAGUGGGCGGACGUAUUAUUUCAACAUGGCACUGGGACGAAGCUACUGGAAAUUACCACCAGAAGUGCAGGCUCAAGUAGAGAAACCAGCACUAGAUGUACUGCGUGAUUGGGAUCCAGAAACAGCUGAACGGAAAUAUGGAGUUGCUAAUGAACCACCAACUGCUGGAGACGACGAGGAGAUUCGUCGAAAGCGUGAAGUGGCAUUAGCGAAAUCCCGAAUGGAAACUAUUGAGACCCAAGUCGCUGCAUCAACAAAGCUUUCACUGGAGGAGAGAAUGACGUUAGCGACUUAUAAGAGAAAAGCAGUGGAGGUGCAAAGUAGCACUAGUAAUAACCGACUUCCUGCUUCUGAGAGUUCCAAUGAGUACUUGGAAUUGGUCCGUCAAUUACAGCAGAAUGACAAUGGUGAGGAAGGAGCUGGUGGCAAGUGGCUUGUGAGGUGA